UCAUGAUAACAAUAAUUCUCUGGCUGAUGUGUUUCAAUUUCAUUCUGUUGUAUAUUUUUCUGGUUUGGAAUUUUGACUAUUGGAAAAAACGCGGUGUCACUGGCCCCAAACCAAGACCAUUUUUGGGCAAUUUUCCAAGUGUGUUUACCCAAAAAAGUCACAUUUCGUGUGACAUACGAGAAAUUUAUGAAGCCUACAAGACAACCGAUAACUAUGUGGGGAUUUUCAACUGCAGAACACCAUUGCUGAUGAUAACAAAUGCCGAUUUAAUAAAACAAAUAUUGGUUAAAGAUUUUCAAAAAUUCCGAGAUAACGAAAUUUCGACAAUGGUUGAUGAAAAAUCCGAUUUUACCAUGGCCAAUAAUCCUACAGCUAUGAAAGGAGAUGAAUGGGUUGAACGAAGAGCUGAACUUCUUCCUGGUUUAGCAAUGACAAGAUUAAAAUCUGGUUUCUCAGUGACAUCAAAAAUUUGCAAAAAGUUAAUAAAUCACAUUGAAAGAGAAAGCAAAUCGAAGGGAUGCCCAGUCACAUUUGACAUUAACGAACUCUCAUUACGUUUGGCAUGCGAAAUAGUUAGCGACAGUGUAUUGGGCCACAAAGCCGAAACAUUUUCCUGCCGAAAACCUUUGGCGAUUUUUCAUCAAGUCAAAGCCUAUUCCGAACAAUCAUUUAUACACAUUAUCUAUAUGGUACUUACGGGACUACUGCCUUCCCUCAAGAAAUACAAAAAAUUGCGUUUUGUACGACAGUCGAUAGAGAAGUAUUUUGUACGGCUUAUUCGCGAUGCAUUUCGAAAGAGACAACAACAUGGAGAGCAAAGAACUCGUUCCGAUUUCAUAAACUAUUUACUACAGUUACACGAAAGGAAACGUUUGAAGAUGGAUGAAUUGACGGGGCAUGCUUUGAGUGUCCUCUUGGACGGAUAUGUGACCAUAGCCCAAGCGGUGGCACAUUGUUUGCUAUUGGUUCUUAGCUCGUGA